UGUAAUCAUUAGUGUUGCAACUUAUAAAGUAUAAACAAAAUUCAAAACAAUAAAUUUGUAAUUUUACAAGGAAGUCUUAAAUCUUAUUUAUAGUUCGCGUUAUUCUGUAAAAAAAUAUUUAUUUCUAAAUUAAUAUGCAGGAUUGAAUAGUAAAUAAAUAAAAUAUGAAUAAUAAUAUUGUGAUCACCAAAGUAUUCCGAUUAUUUUAAUGUAAAAAAUUGCGUGAUAAGCGAUGUUGAAUGGCUUGGGUCUUUUAUUUCUGACGGGGGUGCUAUGGGGUUGCACAAAUCCAUUUAUUCGUCAGGGAACCAAAGGCCUUCGCUCGGUGCAAGCUAAGAGUAAGGUGGGCCAGCUGUAUGCUGAAGUGGUAUUCUUGCUAAGUAACUGGAAGUAUGUUCUACCAUGGCUGAUAAACCAAGCGGGUUCCCUGGUCUACUUAAUGGCUGUACAGCGACUGCCCCUAUCAACAGCAGUUCCAGCAGCGAACAGCCUCGCCUUCGCCUUCACUGCUAUUACUGCCGCUGCUAUUGGGUCUGAAGAACCGCUUGAUUCUCGAGCCAUUCUCGGCGUGGUGCUGGUCGUCGGUGGAACAUUCCUCUGUUGUAUGGACAAUGUUUAGUUAAUUAUAUAACAUAUUAAGUUGAAACUAUAAAACUCUGUUUCCGAUAUUGAAAGAAACCAAAAUUUAAGCUGUAGAAGGAUUAUUUUAAUCAUAUCUCUUUAUCAGCUGCCCCAUAGAAAAAAAUACGACUCGUAGUUAUUACUUGGAUAUUGAAACCUCGGGUUUGGUGACUUAUUCUGUGAUGUUAUGUGAUAAAAGUAAUACACAAUUUGUAUGACAAAGUUCUUUAUUUCUAUAGUAGUAAUUUACAUAUAAAGUAUUUUAUACAAAUAAUAAAUAUAUGUUAAAGGUGAAUAAAUAGAUGUAUGUUCUGUAAAGAAAUCACAA